AUGUAUUCCUUCACAAUGUGGUCGUUACUCACAAUAUCGAGGAAAAGCAGGUUCAUGUUACGCAGCGCAAGCCUUACUAGAUUAUUUCUCGACAUGACCCCUGUCUCUCUAUUGUGCAAUUUGCUUCCGUGGAUAGUCCCUUUCCUCGCCCCUUGCCUCGUACUCUCACCAUCCGAGCUAAACCCGUCCAUCCUAUCACGUAUAAUGUCCACAGCUCUACUCUCUAUUGCCACUUCACAAAAUCGAUCUGUCACGACUACUCCCUCUAGCUCAGCCAAAACGUUAGCCGCUCUCGAGGAAUAUUGCUCCUCGUCAGAUACCGAUACCGAGAAUAACCCCCACAACGCAACCCAAACAGCCAACCCUCCUCGCCCGAGUACACCAUCCGCGCCAGAGAUGCCAGCCCUGGACUCUUCCUCGUCGCUCAAGCUCGCAGCUACACCCGCCCUCGCUGAAGUCAUUACCGUCGCAGAGCGUUUUCAAGCCGUCGCUGUCCAAGAUCGAAUGCGCCGUGCCCUGCGGCCAAGUGCGAGCUCUGGAUUCACCAGCACCGCAUUGUCUCAGGUCAAUCACCAGACCAACAACAACACCGAGGAAGACGAUCAGAAGCAAGUAUCGAUAUCAGAGGAGCCCAAAUGUCCUGGAGAUCUAUCAAGUCUGGCGAGUCAGAGCUUUGAGGUGGAGGAAAUUAUCUCUUCGACACGGCCCAUUUACGAGGGUCUUUCUGCUUCAUAUUGGAGCAAAAGUGUACGUUUUGGAGAGGACGCGCCGAGCCACGUUCAGAUCGGACUGGGCCUCCUUGAGGUGCCACUCACAGAAACCGGGCUUGGUCUUCUUUCACAAUCCCCACUGCGUUCUCUCCGUGCCAAGCAUGUAAUCAAGGCACUUUCACCUCGCCUUCCCAGCUCUCUGUCAUUCGGCUCGCUCGCUCAACUGGAGGAAGGACUCUUCCAGCCGACAAGCUCUUUAUCUUCGUCUAUUUCUAUGACUGCAUUCAAACCCUCUCGAAUCACGCAGGUGGGCUGUGGCGUCCGGUCUGUGUCUGUUCUGGCUUCAAGCAGCAGUGUCGGGUCAUUGUGGAAUUUGCAGCAGCGCAGAGCAGAGAAGGUACAUGUUACAAUGCUUCGAAAGGCAUUUGGUGUCGUGGAAAGGGUAUUUUCGGGGGGGAUGUAG